AAGGGUACCACAGAAGACGCUAUCACGAGCGAGAAAGACAGGCGCGCCGAAAGCUCCGCGCAGGCGGCCCCAACCCGACAAGGUUACACGGCUCCGCGCAGGCGCACGUUUGCGCCGGAUCCGCAGGGGAACACCCGGACCACACAGAGCCUAGGGCGGAGCCUAGAGGCAGGGCCAAAGGCGGGGUGGAACGCGAGGGAAACCGGAACUCCUCAGCAGUGGGCGCGGGUUUCUGGCCGGAGCUUGGAUUCCGGGGUCAAAGUCCGGCAGGCUGCGAAGCCGACUUCCGGAGACUGUCCCGCCUGAGCGGCGUGAGGGGAGGCGGUAGCGAUGAGGCAGAAGCACUACCUUGAGGCUGCGGCGCGGCAGCUAUACGAUAGCUGCCCGGGCCAGGCCCGCUAUCUCCUCUGGACCUACAGUUCGUCACACGAUGCUAACAUUACUUUUGAAGGAACAUGUCCAUACUGUUUCCAGUUGCUGGUUUUGGAUAACUCUCGGGUACGCCUCAAACCCAAGUCCAAACUGACUCCCAAAAUACAAAAACUUCUUAAUCGAGAAGCAAGAAAUUAUACACUUAGUUUUAAAGAAGCAAAACUUGUGAAAAGAUAUAAAGACUCCAAAAGUGUAUUGUUGACUACUUGUAAAACAUGCAACAGAACAGUUAAACAUCAUGGUAAAAGUAGAAGCUUUCUCUCAGCACUGAAGAGCAGUCCUACUACUCCUACGAGUAAGCUCAGCCUGAAGACACCAGAAAGAAAGACUCCCAGUUCUGCAAACCUAAAUCCUACGUGUGGUUCCAAAGGCAAGAGCCCAGCCUUGAUAUUCAGGACACCUACAUCUGGACAGUCAACACCCACUUGCUCCUCAAAGAAUGUGAGCAAAACAAAGAAACACUUCUCACGACUAAAAAUGUUGCUUAGUCAGAGUGAAUCCCAGAAGAAUUCAAAAGUGGACUUCAGAAAUUUCUUACUGUCUUUGUAAAGGAUGGGCUCUGAAAAUAAAUGUUUAAUGCAAUUUCUGAAACUAA